AUGAAUUUACAUUCUCCCAAAAAAGGAAAGAAACGAGUUAGAAAUACGGAAAACUGGAAAAUGAUCAAGGCAAAAAGGCAAAGGAAUUUAGGACAAAAAUUAUUAUCGACAAGAACUGAGCUGCACAGAAAUUACUCUGCUGUGCGAUCUGCUGAUAACAAAAACCCAGCCUCGUAUGACUACUAUGCCCAAAUAUUCAAUACAAAGUUUAAUAUAGGAUUUCAUUCCCCUAAGAAAGAUCAGUGUGAUCUUUGUGAGAUGUACAAGCAAGGAACUAAGAAAAAAAGAAAAGAACUAGAAACGAAAUACUGUGAACAUUUAGAAGAAAAACUUCUCAGCCGCCAAGAAAAGGACGUCGAUAAACAAAGAUCAAAAGAUCACGAAAUUGUAUUAGCUGUAUACGACUUACAAGCAGUUCUGCCUGUACCUAUAGGCCAAACUUCGGCGUUUUUCUAUAAAUCUAGAUUAAACUGUUACAAUUUUACGGUAACAGAGAUAACAAACGACAAAACGAAGGCUUAUUUCUGGCAUGAAUACUUGGGAAAUAGGGGAGCCAUAGAAAUUGGAACGUGCGUAUUGCUUUAUUUAAAAAGCCUUUCAGAGCGUUCUCCAGGUGUCAAUGUAGUUUUUUAUUCCUUCAUGGGUCAACAAAAAAACAGUUACUUAGGCAGUUUUGCCAUUCCCACCAAUGAUAGAGGCCGGCUGAGGUCCGUAAGAAUGCCUAAGUUUGAGGGGGCAGUUUUACGUGCCGUGGAAGAAAAUCCUGGUAUAUCCCCGGAUCUUCCUCUACAUGUGCUAAAAUGCGCUCCUCAACAUCAGGUGUACGUACCAUCAAGUUACGGCCACGGUCUUGGUUUCUAUGUCCAAAUGAACCUGUGUCUCUUAGGCGCUGAUGAAUUCUCGCAAAUAUCCGGUGAGAAGGUGCCCUGCGAUUUGGAUAUUUUUGGACAUACAAGCGCUUAG